AUGCCGUCAUUCGCCGCUACAGGCCGGCGCAAGGGGGGUGUGGUGAAACGGACAAAGGAAGUACCCGAGCCCGUUCCAGAUUCGCCAAAUUCAGAUGCCAGUUCACCAACAUCUGAAGACGACCAUGACACGGCUGAAUCAGACUCAGAUGCCGACUCUGGCUCAGAGUCGGGUUCAGAGUCAGACUCGCUAGACAGCACCAGCCCAAGGAAACGACAACGGAUUUCUCCCGCAGUUGAGGAUGACGAUGCUGUUGACGGUGAAGAUGAUGCUGAGCCAAAGCUCAUCAAGUCCGCAUUGAAUGUACCAUCUCGCAUCAAACGCAACCCUCGGGCCGAUAAGAAGGCCGCAAAUCCGCAAACCACCACCGACCUAGAUCCCGAGCCAGAGUCUCGGGUCACGGCACCCCUCGAUCCCAAUACCACCUUUGAGUCGCUCGGUCUGCGGCCAUGGCUGGUGCAAUCUCUGGCGAACAUGGCUAUCAAGCGGCCUACCUCUAUUCAACGAGAGAGUAUACCGAUGCUGCUUAAGGGGCGGGACUGCAUUGGUGGGAGUAGGACGGGUUCGGGUAAGACGGUGGCCUUUGCAGUGCCUAUUCUCCAGAAAUGGGCGGAGAACCCCUCGGCCAUCUUUGGCGUCAUUCUCACACCUACUCGCGAGCUCGCCCUCCAGAUCUACGAGCAAGUAAAGGCCAUCUCGUCCCCACACUCGCUCAAAGCCAUCCUGGUCACAGGCGGCUCCGACAUGCGGUCACAGGCCAUCGCCCUAGCCCAGCGGCCGCACAUCGUGAUUGCCACGCCCGGCCGCCUAGCCGACCACAUCCGCACCUCGGGCGAAGACACCGUAUGCGGGCUCCGGCGCGUACGGUUCGUCGUCCUCGACGAAGCCGACCGCCUGCUCGCCGCCAACGGGCCGGGUAGCAUGCUCCCCGACGUAGAAGAAUGCCUCGGCGCGCUCCCGCCCGCCCGCGAGCGCCAAACCCUCCUCUUCACAGCCACCAUCACCCCCGAGGUCAUGGCCCUCAAGAACAUGCCCCGCCAGCCCGGCCGGGAGCCCGUCUUCGUGUGCGAGGUCGACACCGACAAGCUCGCCAUCCCCCCCACGCUGCGGCAGAUGCACCUCCAGGUGCCUGUCACCCACCGCGAGCACUACCUGCACACCUUCCUGCUUACCCCGGUCAACGCCGCGAAAUCGGCCAUCAUAUUCUGCAACCGCACCUCGACCGCCGACUUCCUGCACCACCUGCUCCGCCUGCUCGACCACCGCGUCACGGCCUUGCACUCCAAGCUGCCCCAGCGCCAACGCAUCGACAACCUAGGGCGGUUCCGGGCAUCAGCCGCGCGCAUCCUCGUCGCUACCGACGUGGCCGCGCGUGGGUUGGAUAUCCCCGAGGUUGGACUCGUCAUCAACUACGAUAUCCCCCGGGAUCCGGACGAUUACAUCCACCGGGUCGGUCGUACGGCGCGUGCCGGGCGGAAGGGUGAUGCGGUGACGCUUGUGGGACAGCGGGAUGUGGAGCUGGUGUUGGCGAUUGAGCAGCGCGUGGGGAGGCAGAUGGGGGCGUGGGAGGAGGAAGGGGUGAAUUUGGAGACGAGGGUGGUGAGGGAUAUGUUGAAGGUGGUGGGGGAGAAGAAGAGGGAGGCGUUGUUGGAGGUGGAGGAGCAGAGGGAGGUGGGCGGGAAGAGGAAGAGGGGGAAGCAGAAGUUGAGGUUGGAUUAA